AUGGCAAACUCAAAUUCAAAACUUGAUCAUUCGAUACAAAGCUCACGAAAAGAGAUUACAACAUGGGCAAGUGAGGAUGGUCAUUUUAGAAGACAAGCAUCUAGUUUUAGAGAUCAAAUCUCAAAUGAAGGUAAAUUCAAGCCUGAGAAAGGUAGAUAUCAUAUUUAUGUUAGUUUAGCAUGCCCUUGGGCACAUCGAGUUUUGAUUUUCCUACAAUUAAAAGGUUUAAAAGAUUUAGUAGGUGUCUCAGUUGUACAUCCAUUUAUGGGUACAGAAGGAUGGAGUUGGAAUGCUCCAAGCGAAUUUAAUCCAUCUAUGACAGGUGUGAUUAAAGAUACAUUAUAUGCUAGUGAAAAGAUUAAAGAAAUUUAUUUUAAAGCCAAUCAUCAAUAUCAGGGUAGGUUUACUGUACCUGUACUUUGGGAUAAGAAAGAGGAAACGAUUGUGAAUAAUGAGUCUAGUGAGAUUAUUAGAAUGUUAAACUGUUGUUUCAAUGAAUUGAUUGAAGAACAAUAUCAAAAAAUCGAUUUGUAUCCUCAAAAUUUACAACAAGAAAUUGAUACUAUGAAUGAAUGGAUUUACGAUCAAGUCAAUAAUGGGGUUUACAAAUCAGGAUUUGCUACUACUCAAAGCGCAUAUGAAAGUGAAGUCAAACCACUUUUCGAAGCGCUUGAUAGACUUGAAAAAGUUUUGGAUGGUGGUCAAAAGUAUUUGAUGGGUGAUCAGUUGACUGAAGUCGAUGUUAGAUUGUUUACCACUUUGAUUAGAUUUGAUGUGGUUUAUGUUACUCAUUUUAAAUGUAAUUUGAAAACUAUUAGAGGUGGUUAUCCUAAUUUAAAUCAUUGGUUAAAGUGUUUGUAUUGGAAGAAUCCUGCGUUUAAAGAUACAACUAAUUUUGAACAUAUCAAAUUCCAUUAUUUCACUUCUCAUCCACAAAUCAAUCCUACUAGAAUUAUUCCAAUUGGACCUCUUCCUGAAAUUGAAGCAUUGGAUGAGGAUAAGUGA